GAUGAGAGAGAGAGAGAGAGAGAGAGAGAGAGAGAGAUCCGCUACCAGUUGUGAGACGAGAAAACACCUUAUACAAGAUCUUUCGCCGCCGAGAAGGAUGUCUCUACUCUCAAAACUUGAAUUCCUCUCAAUGCUCGCAAUGCAUCUGGAUUAAGUCGGCGCUUUUUGCGGGAGGGCUCCGUUAUCUGUGCGGAGAAAAAUGAGGACAGCCGUCGGUUUCCGUGGAUGAUGAUGUCCCACAAUGAACGCAGAGUUUCAAAAUCCACUGCAAGUCCCUCGACCAAGGGUCCGCAGUCACCUCACUAUCAAGGUGCAGUCAAAGUUGACAUCAAAGUCAUGGCCCCCUGUCCAUGGCUUGAAACCUCCUGUGGCCCCCAAACCCAGGCCUCUCUCUCAGUCUCACCUACAGGGAGACACCCACCAUCAGCACAGGCUCAGCAACGGAGAGCUGCCCCACGCUGACGGGGAGACGGGAGAUCUCCUUGAAAUGACUGAGGGGAACCACAAUAAAGAGGAGAGACAAGAAGUAGAGGGUGGGGUUAGUGAUAACAGCGCAGGAGGGAGCGACAAAGAGGACACGGCAGAGGGAGAAACCGUGGCGGGAACAGAUGGAGGAGCAGAAGUGUUUGAUAAAGAUGGUGAUGUGGACAGCAUAGCCUCUGAUGACACCAUCAAGGCAGAUGAUUUGAUUGACAUUGCAGAGGAAGAAACCACUGAUUCCGUUCAGCCUGAAGAUGGUGACCACACUGAUGAUGAGAGUACAGUAAUGUCAUUGCAUCCUCCAGCGGAGCCAGAGUAUGAAGAGGCAGAGAAGACGGAAACAGCUUGUGACUCUACAGAGCACUUAUAUGAACCAGAGGUGGAGUCACAUCUUGAGCAAACACAAUCGUCCAGUGUUGGUGGUGAGAACAACAAUGCUGGACUUCACGAAACAAGCAUUGAGCUGCCUGGUGACUUUUUCCCAAAUGAGGCAGAGUUGGAAAAUGGCAGAUUUGCAUACGGAUUCAGCAUGCUUCCCACUGUUACUGAGGAGUAUCCGUAUGAUUUGAUCGGCCCCACUGAUGAUGCUAGCGAUACAUGUGAGUCGUGUGACACGGCUGAAACAGGGGACACAGAAGUCUGGCAGCCAGAGCGAGCCACAAAAGACCCCUCUGGUUGUUUUCGAUUCACGUCCAGCACAGAAGACGUGUUCGGGCCUUAUUCCGUCAUAGAAGCGGUCCCAGAAGAUACGAGUAGCACUGCUGAUCCUGAGUGGAACCCUGGAGAGGAAGAUAAAUCUUCAUCAGCAAAUGAAUCUCAAACCCAGGAUGUCUGUAACCAGGAACCUUACUACGUGUCAUCAGAUGACGUAGACAAGCUCGAAGAUGAGCAAGCCAACUCAGAAGAGCUUCACAAUGAGGACGCCACGGAGCAAUCUUUUCAACAUAAAGACAAAGAAAAAGACAUCGAGUCAGCUGAUGAAUAUGCGGACAUUGAUGAUUCAAUCUGCCUAAAAGAUGAUAACGCUGAGCAUUCCGAUUGCGUGUCAUCAGAAGAUUAUGUCGAGAUAGGUGAAGAGGAUGAGGAAGAGGAGGUGGAAAAGAAGCAUAUCCGAGUUAAGAGUGCAAACAAGAGGACUGCUCAGCGAGAACAGGCUUUGCGCGGCCAGAGAAAAAGCUGCCAGCCUCGGCUCAGGCUGUGCAACAUCACAGUGCCAGCAGACCUAGACUUCGGCUGCACCCCAGAGCUCACCAAUAGGGUGGUGUUUGCUCACACCACUGAAGCCUUUGAAGAAGACAUUGAAGAACUAGACUGCCAUAUUGUGCCUUACUAUGAAGACACAGACUCAGACAGCGAUGAGCACAUAUAUGUAGAGGUUGGGUUUGAAUCAGAAGGGGAGAACGUCAUGCCUCUUGAUCGAAAAACCAUUGUCACACGAUCAAGGUCUUACUCUGGAAAAGUCUCAAAUUACGUGCCAGAAACUGUACCAGAGGAAACGGGGACAGAGACUCAUGACUACUGCACCGUACCGGAGGAUAAGAGCAGUGAACCUCUCAGCCCCUUGGAACAGCCAGCAGUUAAUUGCAUAACUCCAUCUACAAAGUCUCGUCGCUUCUUGCUCUCUUCUCGGUCUGCCGAUGGCCCAGGAUUAUCCUUUCUCACUUCCCCGGAGAAUGACCAAUCACUUCAGAAUGAGAUCAGGAUAAGGAGAAAGGAUGACACUUUGUCUCUGCCAUGCGUCAUAACUUCCUCUGGGAGCUUCUCUCAGCGUAGCCAUCAGUCAUCAAGUGGUGUUUCCACGCCAACUUCUUUAGCGGACAUACCUCCACCCUUUGAGCUGGUUCCAAUCACCAAGAGACCUGUCACUAAGAGCUCACCAUCCCUCCUGAUCCAGCAUGAACUGAGUGAAAUGCCCAAGAAGAAGAAGUCCUCAUUUAAGCGUUUUCUGGCGUUCAAGUUCAAGAGGAAGACCGACCCAAAGGGUUUCAGUGAUGGAAGUGUCCGCUCUUCGCGAUCCUCCUCCGAGUCCAGCCAUCAUGGCGUGAGACUCAUAGAGCUUGAUCGUCGAAGCAAUGGCAGCUCACCUCAGCUUCAAUCUGCCAUUUUGAGCCCCCAGCAACAUCCUUCAAACCUGCCAUCCUCUCUUAUUCUCUGCAAAGAUCCCCACAGGAGGAAAGGAGACCUCAAAGUUGAUGGCAAGGGCGUGUCCAGAGUGGAAUCCUUUGAAGAGCGCUCUCGCCGCCCCAUCAUGCCGCUUCCAAUGACCAAACCUCGCUCCAUCUCAUUCCCCAGUGCGGACACCUCAGACUAUGAAAAUAUUCCAGCCAUGAGCUCUGACUAUGAGAACAUCCAGAUCCCAGGAAGACCCACAAGAUCCCACACGGUCACAGAAUUUUUUGAAAAUCCAAACCGCACCACAGUGAUGUCCAAUGAAAAUGAUGGUUAUGUGGAUAUGAACAGUUUUCCUGGGAUUGACAGCAAGCCUCAGACAUUGAAAGUAGACUCUGAAAGUGCCUACACGGAACCUUUUCCCAUGAACCCGGUCUCUGCCGGGCUGUCAGCUGAUGAAGACCACGGUCGUACCUCAGAAGAGGAAGACGGCGCUUUGGAGCAAAGUUAUGACCGACAGAUUGAUGGGCGUUCAAGAGCGUUCUACGUUGCCAAAGAGCUUGUCGACUCGGAGAGAAUACAUGUUAGCUCCCUCAAGCACAUUCAGGAGGACUUUAGGUCAGCGGUGAGCGAGGCAGUGGACGAGAAGGGGCAGCCAGUGCUGGACGAGCAGCGGCUGGGCGAGAUACUAGGGGUGCUCCCACAGGUUUACACCCUCCACAGCAGCAUCUUGGAGGAGCUGGAGGAGCGCAUUAGCAAUUGGGAGGAGAACCAGAAGAUGGUGGACGUGAUCCUGUCUCGGCGGGACGAAUUCAGAGUGUUUGACACGUACAUCUCUGAGUUCGACCGCAGCAUGUCCUUACUGGAGCAGAGCUGCAGAAGCUGCCCAGCUUUCGCCAGCAUCGUCAGGAAAUUUGAGACUAAAAGUCCAGAAGAACUGGAGGUCCCAAUGAAACACCAGCUGCUCCAGGUCAUAGUGAGAGUUCUUCAGUAUCGAAUGCUACUCACAGAUUAUCUGAACAACCUCUCUCCUGACUCCAAAGAAUACGAGGGCACUCAGGCUGUGCUGGUGAUUGUGUCUGAGGUGGCGGACCAGGCCAACGACGACCUGAAACAAGGGGAGAACCUGCUGCGUCUGGUCCACAUAGAGUACAGCGUGAAGGGGAAGAGGGACCUUCUGAAGCCCGGAAGGAUAUUCGUCAAAGAGGGGACACUCAUGAAGGUCUCGAGGAAGAGUAGGCAGCCGCGGCAUCUGUUUCUGAUGAAUGAUAUUAUGCUGUAUACUUACCCACAACAAGACGGAAAAUACAGACUUAAAAACACACUGUCCCUGUCAGGGAUGAAGGUCAGCAAACCCGUAGUGGACAACGUGCUCAACUGUCUUCGGAUCGAGGUGUCCGACGUCACUAUCACUCUCUCUGCCAGUUCUGUUGGAGAGCGAGAGGAUUGGUUUCACACUCUGAGUCGAGCCAUCGCAGACCACGCUGCAGGACUCUGCACCUUUGGUGGUCCAUGCAGUGAGGCCCGUGAGAAACUGUGGAUGGCUCUUGGUGAGGCUGCGCCUGUGCUUCUGCCAGUUUCCCAGGUGAUGAUGUGCAUGAACUGCACCACAGAUUUCAGCCUCACGCUCAGACGACACCACUGCAAUGGUUGUGGGAAGGUGGUGUGUCGCGCUUGUUCCAGGAACAGAUACCCUCUGAAGUACCUGAAGGACAGAAUGGCCAAAGUGUGUGACCACUGCUACGCUGAGCUCAGGAAAAGAGGCGGCAGCAUAUCGGGAGCGUGUGGUAACUCAAGCCCUCGGACUCAUCGGGCCAGUCGGCCGCUCUCCGCUGUCUUCCAAAGUCUGCAGCCUCCCAGUCUGUGGAAGUCCAGGAAGAGCAGCUCCAACCUCAGCCAGGCGUCACUCGGUGUGGAUGGCUCCACCAUGAGCGGCAGCCUGCAGCGCCGGAAGAAGAGCAAAAGGAAGUGGAAGAGGCUGUGGUUCCUCCUCAAAGAUAAGGUGCUCUACACCUUCACAACCCGUGAGGAUAAAGUGGCUUCGGAAAGUCUACCUCUGCGGGGCUUCACCGUCAAGCUGACGGAGAAGCCAGACGGAGAAGAAAGCAGCAACGUGUUCCAGCUGUACCACAAGAAAACGCUCUACUACACAUUCAGAGCCGACGACCAGCACACCGCUCGCAGAUGGGUCAACGCCAUCGAGGAGGCCACAGUUUUAUAGCACCUGCUUGCCUUGGGCUAACACACCUGCUGUGUGCAGCUGCUAGCACAACAAAACUACCUACUGACCAAGAAAUGGUCUGAUGUCAAAUGGAAGAAAAACAAAAUCACUGGAUUCCUGAGAAGGCUGCCCCCCGGUGGCAAGGAUCUGAAAGUGUCAGCCUGUGAAGAAGAUGAGUUUUUGCACGAUGAAUUAUAAACUCUUCAGGCAAAACAAAGUAGAAAAAAAAAACCCAUGGGAGCCUUUUUCUUUUCAGAAUAAAGAAUAAAGCAGAAGCCAGAGACAGAAGCUAUUUUCUUCUACGUUUCACCUUUUUACGACAGAGCUCACUGGACAGAUCUACCAACUUUUUUUUUUUUAGAUUAUUACUUUGUAUUUUAAUCUCUAAAAGCAUCCAAAGGUUUUUUACCUCUCUGCAGGAGAAGACUUAGCUUAUUUCAGAGUUUAAAUAAAAUAAAAUUUAAAAAAGCAUCAGACUGGACCAGCAGAAAGUAAAAAGCAGCUGCACAGCAACAUCCAUACGGUGUAAACGAGAAACUAUUUACCGCCAUUUUACUUCCGGUUAUGAAUAUAAAUAUGCCGAAUAUUACGGUGAAAUAUCGGAUUUAUUUGUAUAAAGUUGGCGUCAUAUGAUACUCUGAGUAAGGGUUGUUCCUCACUGUAUAAAAACAUUGUGUUUCAUGUGAAGUUUUACUGAACUCAUUGUGAAAAAAAACAAAAAAAACAUGACCCUCAGCAUGCCUCCAUAUCAAAAGUAUGUUGACAAAAGUUAUGAACUAUGCUUUGAACUUCAUUGUGUAAGUUUCUACAUAACAAAAUCUAAUUGUUCUGAAGUGCCAACUCAGUUGAAUGCAGUUACAUUUGCUAUAAUUAUAAUUAUUAUUGAAUGUGCCUGAAAUCAAAUGUGUUCCUUAUCCUUUAUAUUAUCACAGUACUGUAUGAAAACAUGUUUUUGUUUUUUUGUUUCAGUUACUGAAACUCAAACACACAAGAAUAUAGUAUUGUGGCUUUUUUUUAUUUUUUUUUAUUGAAGCAUUUUUCUUUGUAAAGUAUUAUCGGCAGGAGCAAAGUGAUCUGCCUUCAUCAGAAGAAAGAACCCUGGAUUUAUUUCUGCUGUAACUAACACAGACGUUCGCAUCUUUCAUCAUUAAUGGAUUUAUAAGCAGUUAUCUGUAACACUCCAAGCCGUCUCACAGCUUUAUCUUUAAAACAUUUUUUUUUUUUUCCAGUUUUUCUACCUGUUUCCUUACAUCAGUUAGGAUAAGGGAUUGUAUUUCAGUCAUAUAGGGCAUUGUAAAUGUUUGUGUACAUAGAAGCAUUAUGAAAUAAACUUUUAAAGAUGUA